AUCUAAAUGGAGGCGGAGAUUCCUGCUUCUUUCUUAUUGAAAGGGGGGAAGGGGGCUAAUGAUAGUUCCCCGAUCGAAAGAUGCUACUAAUUAAGGACCCAGGAACACCAAUUGGCAUGCCGCCCCUUCAUCUCAUCUCAUGUCGAAGUGACGGCACCGCCGUCUUAUUGAGCUCUCCACCAUGACACAUCUCGCUGUUACUGACUUCCUUCUUCCUUUUAUUAUGUACUAUUAAAGUCCUGCUCAACAUAGCCAACAGAGUCGUUGCUUGAGGUCCUUGCGCUUCCCGCUUUGAUCAACCGUUGAGCCAAGACGUAAACGUCCCGAGCCAUCUUGCAUCUAUCACCAUCACCAACAACACCAAGUUGCUUUGACUUUGACAAAUCUUGAGAUAAAUUCAUUCCUCCUUCUCCUCCUUCGUCGUCGUCAUGAUCGAUUCAGCUCACCUGUUUGGUCGUGACGACUUGUCUAUCAUCAUGGCUCCUGGACCUGGAACCAUCACCACUCCAUCUCUCACAGCCAACCUUGUUUGCAGAGUUCUCUUGGGGCUCCUCGCCAAUAUUGCCUGUAUAGUCCCUCUAAAGAACCUCUACCGCAAUGGAGAAUUUGCAGCUGUUGUCUUUAUUGCCAACAUCGAAUGGUCAAACCUUGACACAAUAAUUAACGCCCUCAUUUGGCGGAACGACGACACCAGCAAGUGGUGGAAUGGCGAAGGAUUCUGCGAUCUCAAUGCUUAUUACGUCAACUUCACCAACGCUUUAUUUGGAACCUGCCUCCUGGCCAUCAUGCGGAAUCUUGCCCAGCAAGUCGGCCUCCUUCGUGCCAAUGCCCUCACAGUUCGGGAGAGACGCCGGCGUAACCUGGUCCAGGCACUUGUCAUGUUUCCCCUUCCAAUCGUCCAGGUCGCAUGGGUCUGGCCAUUGACUACUCAACGAUACGCAGUAGCUACCCUGGCUGGAUGCAGCUGGAUUGCAUGGCCUUCGUGGCCAUACAUGGUCUUCUUCGUCCUGGCCCCUAUUACAGUCGCACUGAUAACAUCUGGAUAUGCGAUCCUCGUCUAUAUACGCUUUCGAGACAUUGCAGAAACCACUCGUUCGGCCGUCAACAGCAGCAGGUCUGCUAACCAACGCGCUCAGAGGACGAAGCGUCGCCUGUACCUAAUGGUCUUGACUAUCUUAGUCCCUUAUCUACCUCUAGUGGUCACCCUCGCUGUUCUCAACAUGCUGAAGGCAUUUCCUCUUCAGCCCUUUGAUUACGACCUCAUUCAUAAUCGAGUGAUCCCCUAUCCAUGGUCGGCAGUCGUUUUUGUCCCUUCCAAUGGUGUCAACUUCGGGUAUUUGAACAACUGCUAUAUCCACAUCCUUUCCGCCAUUCCGGUCGUCAUCUUUUUUGGCAUGACCAAGGACGCCAUGAAUAGUUAUCGUCGCGGCUUGCUCUGUCUUGGGUUUGGAUGUCUCUUCCCCAAGCUUCACGAGGAGUAUGACCCCGACAGGACAAUCGGUGGAAGCAGUUCUGGACACUCUCAUCUUAUGGGCUCCACAACUUCGACUGCCUCUUCGAUAUCAAGCAAGAUCAGGAGUCUUUUGUCUCAACGCAAUUUGAGCACAGCGUCCUCUGCAAGCCUCAACCCAAUAUCUUUACAGUCCACCGACGCUGCCCCCGUGACUCAUGAAUACGAGUUGGGACCUCGAUUGGGUGGAUUGCAAGUGUCACAGUCGCCUUUACGGGAGAUUUCCUAUCCUCCCCCAACUGUUUCGGCUUUCUCAGAACCCGUCAACCCACCUCUUCGUAACCCUUUCCUCUUCCGCACGCGCUUCGACAUGCCCGCCAUUCCAUUUCCUUCACUCUCCUCAUUUCGCUUCAACAAGAAGGAUAAGCGACCCCCGCUUGAUCGCGGUUUGCCUCUCGACUCUCUCCCCUCCGUCGUCAACAACCAGUUGUGGGAGGACAGCUCCGCUACGCAGCCUUGCAGUCAGACACUUGUCUGGGCUGAUAGGGAGAUCACCCCAACUCCCGGUACUUUUACUACACAGUCCAGCCUGUUGGUUCCCAUGUCAUCGACGUAUUCUGUUUCGACUGAACCUCUGCAGGAAACAUAUCGGCGCUAGGAGCGCAUGUAUGGCUGGGCGAGAUGACAAACACUAUACAUCCAAGGGACGCAAUGGAAUCCCUGUCAUUUGUCUUCUUUAUUGCCAUUUUGUUUUUAAUUUAGCUCGUAUUACCCGGGCUCGGCAUCAUUGCAGGCGACGGCGUAGGUGUGAAAAGUUUUUACUCUGGUUUAGAUGUACGUCGUCAAGUACUUUCACAAGUCAUAAUAAUUCACCUUUCGUGAACACCUUUUCUCCUU